AUGUCGUCGCGGUUUUCUUUACAGAAACCGUAUGUGGUGGCAUCCCUACCGAGGCCCAUUGAUCGUUCGAAUGGGCGUUAUGUUGUCGGUGAGGUUUAUGGAGGGGUGCCGGGCUUGAAGAAGAGGAAGAGGUCAGAGCUGGCUGUUGGCAUUGAUGGAGAGGGCGUGAACUUAUAUGAUGUCUCGGCAUCGAAAUUGAUCACGUCCUACGCACUCCCUCCACAAUCACUCUUCACCUGCUCCCCAACCUCUCUGAGGACCAGAGCUUCGAAGGGUGCAAUUGAACGCCGUACUUAUGUCUCAACAAUUGGGCCAUUCCCUCAAAUCACUCUGUUUUCCGAGCUUGCCGAAGGUUCCACCCCCACACGGUCUUCCACUGCUACUUGCAAAGUCGAGAGUUCCCAGCAGCCGAUCAUAUACAUGGGAACAGUCACAGCUAUUCGGAGUUCUGACGAGGCUGUGGGUACCUCGGACUUACUUGUGGUUAAGAAAGAUGGGGAAAUACAGUGCUAUGAUGGGAAUACUCUUCGGGGAAGGUGGACAUCUCCUCCCAGUGCUUUGGUGCGGGAAUUUGCAACACCACUUAGAGAAUCUGAGGUCGAAUUUGCACAUCUCACAAAUGCACACUCAGCGAGUCAGGGAGUUCUGAGAGGGCGCCAGGAUGUCUUUGCGCUGUUCCCCCAGGAAAUUACCGAAGAGGGAUUUAACCCAGAGAUACUCGUCAUCGUCACAAAAUCAAAAGAUUCCACCCACCGGACUUUACAUAUCGUCAGUCUGCCAAGAAGAUCAAUGGUGAAACAGAACGAUCUCAAACACUCCGUUGACUCUCUCUUGGCUGUGGAGAUACCCUCCAACGCAUCAGCAAAGACUCCUACUGACACACCGUCAUGCUUCAGUAUCCAAGUUUCUGCUGGGAUCCUGCAAGUACUAGAAGAAGAGGUUCUAACGACCUUCGACCUCAGCGAUACUCUGCCUAAAAUUCAGUCUGUCCUCGUGUCCGUUGGAGCUCAAUCAUUCAUGCGAUUGUCCGGCACAUCGAUUAUGGUCUCCUCUGAUCACUCUAUUAACGUGUAUAAUCCAAAAUAUCAGUCUAGACUUGCAACAAUCGAGUUAGAUCUGGGAUCGAAUAACGAUUCUCUCAAGAGAAAACGGGAUUCGUCCGAGGCCAUCAACCGAAAUCCAAGCAGCUCUUGCAGGUUCGCUACCUACUUUCAAAGGAUUGGAGUGGCAGUUGCGGUCUCAGAUAACAACCUUCUCGCUAUACACGUCGAAGGGCAACAUGAUUCUAGCGGGAAACUGCGUGCUGCAGGUCUUCUGAUAGAUUCUAUUGGUCGCUCCGUGAAGGCACAUGAGCGUCCAGGGAGGGCUAGAGGUGAAUCUAAGAAGUCAAUCUCGCUUGGCUGUAAGACGUUCGACGCAUAUCUUCCGGGUUCAAUUGGAGACACGAAGUGGGAGAAACAAAAGGCUGGGGCAGAGGAUUUAUUUUCGGAGAAUAAUACGGUAGAAUUUGAUACGCUCAUGGUAUCCCACCUCCAAGGUCGAACGCCAAUGGCCAAUGGAUCCCAUUUUAAAGAGGGAAAUGCGAAAUCACACGACAAGAGACUUCAAGCCAGGGGAUGCCAUCCAGGCGUUGACCGACGAUGGGUCUUAUUUGCUCUGAGCAAGAUCUUCACCAUAUCUGAGACGGAAGCUGGGGAGUACUCACUGAACAUAUUAUUCUACCCUCCGGAUACAUUCAUGUGGCUUAUAACAAAUGGGUACCUGACUAUCACCAACAUCGAGUCUGCGUUGAGAAGCAACGGAACAACUGUACUCUCCAUCGCACCUGGGCAGUUAAUCAAUGCGGUUGUUGAAAUAGACCCAGACAUGGAUCUUCUCCUGGCGCUACUUAGCAAGAAUUACUUGGGGACAGCGGAACUCCUCCAUGCCAUUCGGAAACUUAUGGCGAGUCUUGGUCUAUUAGGAGAGAAUCCAAGCACUAAACGAGGACUUCUUACAAACGGGGGCGACCUAGAAUCCGCAGAGGGUAUCGAAGAGCAACUGACGAAGUUGGAAGCAGAAGCAGAGCAAGACCUGGAGCUUGCAGAAUACCAAUUGGGACCCGGUUCAGGCAUUCGAUCAGACGCGUUGAGUUUGGCUCUCUCCAAGCUGUACAAGUGUCCGAAUAGCGCGAUUAUACACGGUCUCCAGACCACGUUCACUAGUCAGGAAAUCGUGGGCCUCGUCUAUCUACUUCGAUUUGAACUCUCCAAGGGAUCCUGGAUCACGAGAUAUUUGGAACCAGAUCAAGGAGAGAUUGUGGAUGCCGACGCAGAGGUGCCAGACAAUGCAAUCAUCCUGAUAUCGAGUCUCCUGAACAACUGUGUGGAUGCUGUUGGAGCUGGUGGAUGGUUGACUGGCGAAGCAAGAUUGGUGGACGGCGAUCCUUUCGAGGCCGAAGAUUUAAUUUCAAGUCUCAAGCUUGAGGUCAGCGCUGCGUUGGAAGGUAUCGAAGAGGCAGUCUAUCUGAAGGGAUUGACAUCAGAAAUGAUCCGAUAUGGCGAUGGUGUUCAAGCGGCUUUGCCAAAGCCUGCAUCGGAUUCUCAUACUGAGAAGCGGAGCAAGCCGAUCAUUCUUCCCUUUGUGGAUCAGGACAUCAGGACAUUGCCACUGGGGCUGAAGGCGGAAAAACAGAUCUCGCUUCUCAAAGUGGCUGCAGGAGGGGCGGUCCACAAACGCACGAGGCGAGACAUCGGAUAUCUCAAGAGCCAAAAGGUUGGGAAGUAUUCUCGGGAGAGAAUCAUCAUUUGA